CGCCGCCGCCGCCGCCGACGACGAUGUGGCGUUCGCGAGCUCGUGCUUUCCUCCUCCUACGCUCUUCCACGCCGAAAUCUCCCCCGCAGCCAAAUCCACCUCGAACCUUGACCCGAGCCCCACCGCCGCGCCUUCUCUCCCGUUUCCUCUCCUCCUCCCCUGAGGCCCUCCCAGACGCCUCGUUCGCCUCCUCCUCCUCCUCCUCCUCCUCGGAAACCCUCCCGGACGCCUACCCAUCCUCCUCUUCCGACGCCAUUUCCGCGUCGGCUGAUCCCACUGAGGACGGCGAGGAGAACCUGGCCGCGCUCUGGGAGGAGGAUGCGGACGACGCCGACGACAUCUUCGUAUCCACCGCCUCCUCCGACACCGCCGACGCCGAAGCCAGCGACGAGGAGGUCGCCCGCGUCCGCGCCGUCGUGGAGUCCACCCCGGAGGACCAGAUCCCCUCCGCCAUCGCCGACAUGGUCGUUGACUUCACCGAGCCGCUCCUAGCCGCCGUCCUCCUCUCCGCCGAGAACUGCUCUGGUAAAAAGCUACUCCUCUUAUUCAAGUCCGCCGGGAAGAACAACCCCGACGUCAAGAGCCUUGCCAAUCUUGAAAUCAUCGCUGGCAAGCUUGCUGAUUCCAAUGAGAUCGACAAGAUGGAUGUGUACUUGCUCUGGGAUAUGGUUAAGGAAAUGGGCAGUGUGCCAGGAUCAGUGAACACUCAGCUUCUGAACAGAGUGAUAUCAAUGUUCUGGAAGCUUGAGAAGUCCAAGGCAGCGCUAGAGGUGCUUGACAAGUUCAGUGAGUUUGGCUGUUCCCCGGAUGGUGACAGCUACUAUCUCGUUAUUCAAGCAGCCGGGAAGAAGGCCAUGGUUGGUGCUGCAUGGGGUGUGUGUGAGAAGAUGGUUGGCUCUGGGUGCUUCCCUGAUGGGAAGAAGACCGGUGAGAUCGUGACCUUCUUUUGCAAGGGGAAGAAGGUCAAGGAGGCACAUUCAGUGUACCUCGCAGCGAAGGAGAAGAAGGUUCAGAUUCCAACAUCAGCCUUGGAUUUCCUUGUUGGUGCUUCAGCGAGGAAUGAUGAGACCAUCAGUACGGCUGUGGAGCUGCUAGAGGAAUACAAAGGGAAGUCUCUCAAGCAUGCAGGCAACUCCUUCGCUGCAGUUAUACAUGGUUUGUGUAGGAUGAAAAAUGUGAAGGAUGCAAAGAAAUUGUUGAUGAGGAUGGUGAAUCUCGGCCCAGCUCCUGGCAGUGCAGUGUUCAACUUUGUUAUCACAGGAUUGUCUAAAGAGGGAGAAAUGGAAGAAGCAAAGGGUUUGAUAAGAGUGAUGGAGAGCCGAGGGCUGCGCCCUGAUAUUUACACAUACAGUGUGAUCAUGAGUGGCUACACUAAAGGAGGUAUGAUUGAUGAAGCCCAUUCUCUACUCCGUGAAGCCAAGAAGAUCCACCCGAAACUAAGCAGGGUUAUGUAUCACAUACUAAUUCGUGGUUACUGCAAGAUGGAGGAGUUCGAGAAGGCUCUGGAAUGCCUAAAGGAGAUGAAGGAAGAUGGAUUGCUGCCAAAUAUGGAUGAGUAUAACAAACUUAUCCAGUCAUUAUGUCUCAAAGCUAUGGAUUGGAGAACAGCUGAGAAGCUCCUGGAGGAAAUGGAGGGUAGUGGAUUACGCCUUAAGGGUAUUACACGCAGCCUCGUAGUAGCAGUAAAGGAAUUAGAAAUGGAAGAAGCGUCAAAAGACAGCCAAGAAGCAUAGUUUUUUUUUUUUAGCAUACGCUUGAAGUGACAAAGACACUAAUCAGUUUUGGCUAAUUGCCCCUUUUUGCUCUCUGCAUCUCUGGGAUGCGUAUGUAAUUUGGUCUAGAAUCUCUGCUUCUGUGGGAUUGAGAACUUUUGCAUGCCAUUUUUGAUCCAAUCUCCUUCCCAGCCAAGGGAGGAUGCAGACAUGUUAUAAAGAACGAAAAUGUCAAUGUGGCAGGAGGUAUGCUCUAUUACAUGAAUAGAAGAGCAUGCCUAUGUGCUAUUUAUAAUGUAAAAUGUUGGAAUGUCAGAGGUAUAAGUAUAACCUUAUUUUUCUUUUUCUUUUGCUCCAGAUCCGAUUUUUCUGCACUUUCUCUCUGUAAAUCUUUGUGCUUUGUCUGAUCCUAGAUACUAAAAAAAAAUCAUCUGGUUAUCUGCCUGACAUUUGUCUUCUACAGUUGUUCAAGGAGACCCUUGACUAGAUAGGGCAGCUGAGCUACAUGAGCUCAGAUGGUUCUAGUUGCGCUUCUUCAAUAUCUAUGAAAUGAUUCACAUCCACGGAAUUGCAGAAUAGUUUUCUCCUUUGAUUUUCUAAGUGGAAUUGGUACCUCAUCAGAUAUAUAUAGCUGCUAUUCUCCGGUCGUCAAUAAUCUCUGAUAUAGUAUCUCUUCGUUCAUACAGCUGUGGCUCUUUUGUAUUGCUCCAUCAUCAACUACCUGGGGAUUCUCUCUCACAAGGUUGCUGGGAUGCCUGCACUACCUGUGAUUGCUUCUGGGUUAUGUUUAGAAUGGGCGGCAGUGAGGGAAUGUUUGGUUUAUGCCGUGUUUAGCCCUACAAAAUGUUGGCAAGAAUUGGCUUGCCAUUAUUUUUGGCUAAGGAAUCCUCCACCCACACUUGAGCAAUUAUUUGCAAGAAUCUGUGAGAGGGAUAAAGGGAGACUACUUGGCAACAUACCAAAUCAUAGAGCAAAGUGUACUAGGCUACCAAUUUUUUGUCAGGGCUAGCUUGGGCAAUGAACCAAACGUAAACCAAACCUACCCUCAAUCCACAUGUGUCAUCUGCGUCAGAAAUGUAACAUGUUUUGAUUUGAGAGAAGACAUCAGAAAUGCUCCUACUGUUUCUUCAGAAUGGUUUGAACUUCACAACUGUUCUUGGUAGCCUUCUGAUUAGACAAAACAGACUUUUUCAUUUCCUUUCUGUUUUCUUGUUCAAUAAACAUGAGACUUCUUGAUUUUCGUGUUUUUUGCUACCGGGUACUAAGUUUCCGACACUUAUUAUGG